GCGGCCGUUAACGGUUAACCCAAUUUGCAUACUGCAGGCUCACUCUUCCCUAAUAGCUCCUGCUUUUUCUGGAGAGCAUGGCUAAUUAAGAGAAAACCUAAAAUGACAGCCAUGUUGAGAACGGGCACUGCAGACAGAAUGAGUCGGCGAAGCAGCACCAGCAUCAGGGAUGAGGACGGGAAGAUGAGUAGCUCUGAGGAAGUGUCCUGGAUUUCCUGGUUCUGUGGCUUGCGUGGCAAUGAGUUCUUCUGUGAGGUAGAUGAAGAUUACAUCCAAGACAAAUUCAACCUGACUGGCCUCAAUGAGCAAGUUCCCCACUAUCGCCAGGCCUUGGAUAUGAUUCUUGAUUUGGAACCAGAUGAGGAGCUUGAGGACAACCCUAACCAGAGUGACUUGAUUGAACAGGCAGCUGAAAUGCUCUACGGCCUCAUCCACGCCCGCUACAUCCUCACAAACCGUGGAAUUGCCCAAAUGCUUGAGAAAUACCAGCAAGGAGACUUUGGUUACUGCCCCCGAGUUUACUGUGAGAACCAGCCCAUGCUGCCCAUUGGCUUAUCUGAUAUCCCAGGGGAAGCCAUGGUUAAACUUUACUGCCCAAAGUGCAUGGAUGUCUACACCCCCAAAUCUUCCCGCCACCAUCACACAGAUGGGGCCUAUUUUGGGACAGGCUUCCCCCACAUGUUGUUUAUGGUGCACCCUGAGUAUCGGCCGAAACGACCUGCUAACCAAUUUGUGCCCAGACUUUACGGAUUCAAGAUCCACCCUAUGGCUUACCAGCUGCAGCUUCAGGCCGCCAGCAAUUUUAAGAGCCCAGUCAAAACUAUUCGUUGAUCUUCUACAUCCAGGUGCUCAGGGUCCUUUCCUGAUAACUCCCUUUACCCCCAACCAGGGCUGCUCAUACUUUGAUUUUGAUGAAGUCCCCUGCAGAUUAUUCUUUGUCACUCUCCAGCCUGAUUUUUAGUCUCAUUUCUGGUGUGUGGUUUAAAUUAAUAAUAAACAAUUUCUGUUAAUUCCCAGAAACAGACUGUGACAGAAAAAUUCAAUAACCAA